GGACACGCUAGUCUGGGAGAGAGGUUGUUUCAUCUGUAACUAAAAUUAAAGACCAGGAGUCGCAGAGAUUUUAAUUGUCUCAGAAAAUUACGUGAGAAAUCUGCUUGAAACGAAUUCAGAGACAUGUGUGUGUUUCUGACGGAGGUAUGAGAAAGGAAAUAGAUUUGGAUUUAGAGAUAUUUCCCUCUGAACGAGGUAUGGAUAAGAAAAGCAGACGUUUUGGAUUUAGAGACAAGCCUUUUCUGACUGGGAUAUCGAGAGAAACUUCUUUAUCUUAAUAAGAUUUAAGUCGGAAUGGACAAUCUGUGAUUUGUGACCUAUCAGGUAAAAGCUCCAUGCUGUUUCUGACUAUAAUGGAAACCGCUACCUGUAUUUCAAUGUACUAGUUUAAAAGACUAUAAUGAACGGAGGAAAGUGGUUUUCACCAUAUUGAAGUGUUAAAUGCUGACCUUUCUCCAUGUACGCCCAUGGAUGUAUGAGCACGGACAAACACUUAUUGUACGUCUGUUUUAAGUCCACAUGAUGAAGCAAAAUAAGAGUAUAUAGCUCUGUAUCUGGGUUGACAGCUGUAGAGUUAUUGACUAUAUUAAUUCUGAGUGUUGAUGUACUUGUGGAUUUUGUAAGCUGCUGGACACCCCUAUAUGGAUAUAAAGUCAAGGAAUUUGAUAACGCAAUCUUAACGUACACACAGCAGAAUAUUAAGUAACGAUCAGGUGGUUCGGGUCUAAGUUGUGUAUUGGGUCAGCGGUUACGUCACUUUGGAUGUGCUAUUUUUGCUGUGUAUACUUGAAGUAUGUCUGAUCCUAAUCCAGACUUAGAGGUGGCGGGUGAGGUCGCUAGACAUUCACCUGUUCAUGAGGACGAGGACAUCAAAACAAAGAAAAUGGAUUCACAAGUUCAUGAAGAUGAGAGCCAUAUACUUCGAGAUGAGGGGAACUUCAUCCAGAACGUUUCCCAAUUCUACAACCAGGAGGCUCUGAGCGACGUGAAGUUGAAGGUCGGGGAUGAAGUGUACCACGCUCACAAAUUUGUCCUCGCCAAGUCGAGCGAUGUGUUCAGGACAAUGUUGUACGAAAGUCGUUGGUCACAGGAGAACUCCAGCGAGUUUGAACUCAGCGAGAGCAUGGAGUGUCAGUGUGUUUUCGACAAAUUUUUACGAUUUCUUUACACGGCAGAGAUCUCGAUACGGGUAGAAACAGCUGUCGGAAUUUUGUGUUUAGCUGACAAAUAUAAUGUUACAUCACUGAAAAGCUUGUGUACAAUGUACAUGGUCGAGAACAGUAAAUCGCCACGGGUUCGUAAUGCCCUAAGUUGGUACGCUUGGGCCAAAGCUCUGGGACUUGAUGAUCUCAUAAACCAAUGUGCCAAAACCAUUGCCUGGAAUGCCGAUAGUUUACUAAAACUUGAAGAAUGGCCAAGUAUGGACUUUGAUUUCGUGAAUGACAUGUUGCGCAAUUCUGAACUGAUCGUUUUGAGUGAACAUGCAUUGUAUCUUUCACUGGUUGUCUGGCUUUUAGAUGAACAACGGGAAAAUGAUUUGAAAGAAAAUGCUGAGAAGUUGCUUCCGCUAAUCAGGUUCCCACAGAUGCUUGUAAAACAACUGUACGAGAUUGAACAUUCCGACCUGAUGAAACGAGAAGAGUGUAAGGACAUUUUACAUGAACUGGUCGGCAGCGCCUACAGAUAUAGGUCGCUGUGUCCCUCUCAGGUGGACCUUGGUCUUUCAUUUACGGGUCCUUUCUACAUGCCGAGAAAUUACAUAGAUCUAACCGUUGAUUCUGUGCGGAUGCAGAACACUCUCAGGUUUGGAAUACAGGUUGACGUCCGCACAUACGCAGGCCCAGUUCCCUGUAGUCAGAGAGAAGGAGAAUGGAAAAUUACGUACCGUAAAAACGGGGACAGCUGGACUCUACAGAUCUUUUGUCACGAGUCUGCGACGGUAAACGGAGAAGCCCGUGUUCAAGCUGCAGUCAUUAUAUACAAUGAUGACGAAAAAGUUAUACAAGUCGAACAAGUACCCACAUAUGUAUGUUCCCGUGGUAACCAUUUAGCCUUGAAUAUCAACGUGGACAAUCUCUCCGAUUCCAAAGUCAUGGCGUUACUGUUGAAACCUGUACCGAAGUAAAGGAACACAAGUUCUGGUUUAUGAUUAACCUAAGUUAGAAUCAAAACUUGAGGAAUUUUUUCAAAAUGCAAAAAUCUUCAUCUGUCUCAUGUAUUUAUGUGUAAACUAGUUUGUAGGUAGUGUUGUUGUUCCAGAUAGACAUGUAUAUGUUAAUACCUAGGCUAGUCUGUUUCAUUUUGAUGAUUCUUUCAAGUCUUCAGUAAUUAUUCCACUAAUCCAGUGAAACCAGGUGGACUACAGUAUCGGUUUCCUCCUGUUCAUCUGUCCGUCUUUCCGUCUGUCAGUCCGCUAGAUAUUAUCAGACAUUAUAUAUAUUAAUUAUAUUAACAAUGUAUAUGGACAGGGGCCGCGGUGGCUGAGUGGCUAAGAUGUCCCGACACUUUGCGAGUUCCAAACCUACCAUGGACAGUUGCCAGGUACUGACCGUAUAGGCCGGUGGUUUUUCUCCGGGUACUCUGGCUUUCCUCCACCUCCAAAACCUAGCACGUCCUUAAAUGACCCUGGCUGUUAAUAGGACGUUAGAUGAAGGUAAUUGAUAUAUAUAUAGGUAAAACAUUAGAUUUAUCUCCAGUACAAUCAUGAAUAUGCUUAUAACUGACAUAUGAAUUUCUUAAGGAGUCAUUUGAUAAAAAUUCAUGUACAAAAUAUAUAUAUACCAAAUGUGGAUCAUGCCACAACCGGGUACGUGUACUUGAUAAUAAAGGUACAGAAUGUAUAUUCAAUGUACUGACAUACCUGGAUAUAUUUAGAUAGCGGGUAUAUGCAUGAGUGAUUAGGGUGAAUUAUAUCCAGGUUUAUAUAGCAUUGUCCUCUCCAUCUUACUUUUUUAUUCAUGAUUGAUUUUCAAGUCUCAAGAAUUUAUUCUCAAGUUGUAACAUAAGUGAAAUAAGCUUACUUGUCAGUAUUAUUCAUCCUUAAUCUUUGACAAAUGUUAAAUAUCAUAGCCUAUCUACAAGGUUAGAAAAACAUCCUCAGUCAUACAGUGGGGAAUUCAAGUGUUAAAAUCCCACAGGUACAUUUUGUGAAAUAUAUCAUUUUUUAAUUCAAUGAAAAAAAUAGAACAUUUCAUGCCUACAGAUGAAAUUAUUUUUUUUUUUUUUUAAUGCAAAUUCAAAAUUAUAUGGUACUAAAUAAUUUUUUCAAAUUUGAAAAAAAUCACAGUAAUUGAAAAAAAUGAAAUAAAAAAAUAAUUUGAUGUUUGAUAGAAGCCUAGACAUAUCCCUACCAACAUUGUGUUGUUGGAUACCAAAAUGUAUAUUAAGAAUUAAAAUCAAUUUGGGUUUCAUUCCUGAAUCUUUAUUUUGUUAUAUCAUAAUUAUACUGCAAGCUACUUGGCAGCUUUUGUUAAUAUCAACAUUCCUACACAUACAUUCCAAAAUAUAUUGUUUAUUUGUGUUACCAUGGUAACUCAGGUUGUUACGUAAAUGAGAAUAACAUCAAAAUCUUAGUUCUCAAUUAUUUAGAUACAUUGUAUUUUGAUGUAUUGAGUAAGGGAGAUAAUCCACUUUUACUCCGAGAUAGGUGUAUCCGUACUGAUGCUAUUCUCAUUCUGAAAUUCUGAGACGCGCAAAUUUCAUAGUCGUAAAUAUUGUAUGAUGUCACAUCAGCAGUAUAUCUACACAUCACAAAUAUGACAGGGACAGAUAUCUGACAGAUAUGUUUUUAAGCCGAUGUUUAUCAGGAAAUUUUUGAACAUUUAAUUUAUUUUUUUUUUCAGAAAUGAACAUUCAACAUUUUUUUUCAGAAACUGUGCCAAAAUUUUAAGGCAUCUUAAAUGUACAUCA